AUGUUGUUGCAGGCUAAACACUUAAUACCAGCUGUGAAUGGUUUGCAUUGGCGAGAAUCUCUGGAGAUUCAUAAGCUUCUUCAAGAUAAUAAAGACUUCUGCAUUUAUUAUAACAAUGUAGAGAAGAUUAGUGUUGAGAAAUUGGCAGUAGCGUUGCCUGUGCACCUCCUAGCAGUGAUCAAGGCUCCUGAUAGAGAUGACAAGUUUGAGUACUUGUUGUCUGGGAUCAGACUGUUGCAUACCUUGUGCGAGUUAAUAUCUCGUCACUCUAAACUCGACCAGGUCUUGCUAGAUGAUUGUGUAUUAUCAGCUAUGAUGGUUGAUCUGGUGAUCAAUGCGAUGGUAGCUCUCGGCGGUAAUAGAAAGGAAAGCUGGAAGUCAGAUAACGAAUCAUUGGUAGAAGCUACAAUGGUGGCUUCUACUCUUCACCUGUUGCACGGGUUUAUCUCUCCUGAGUUCGUAGAUAUUGUUCAAGUCUUGCUUGCCCACUCUAAGGUUGAUUUGUUUAUAGAAACUGCUUUUGGAGCGGUUCACAAUGUUGUGAGAUCCUUAGAAGCGAAAUUACUGUAUCGGGGAAGUGACCACCCGAAAAAGUUAGGUGCAAGUCCUCUAAAGUCCGCUAAGUUUCACUGCCAACAAGCUGAAGCUGCUUUGCAGUUCCUUCAUUCUCUAUGCCAAGAAAAAUUGUUUAGCGAGCGUGUCGCUAAAAACAAGGAGCUAUGUGGAAAAGGUGGUCUUCUUAUGCUAGCUAAAUCCAUACUAUCACUAUCUGUUUCACCUGGAUUUGUUAAAGAAGCCACAACAGUAGCUUCCAUGUAUAGAAUAAAAGCAAAAGUCCUUUCACUUUUGCACCAUAUCUUUGAGGCGGAUAGUGUCUCAUUCCUUGACGAGCUUGAACGUGCAGGAAACUUGCAUUUAGCCCAACCUAUUGCCUCAGAGGUCCUUAGCUUGCUGAAGCUUGGCCUUUCUGAAUCUCCCAAUGAUAUUGCUUCUCAUGACUAUCCAAUGGGUUUUGUGCUACUUAAUGCUAUGCGCUUGGCUAAGGUGUUCUCUGAUGACUCGAAUUUUCAACGUUUUUUCACCGAUCAUUUUAGUACGAUUCUCAGCGCAUUAUUUUGUCUCUCUCAUGAAGAGUUCGUGUCAAUGUUGUGCUCUUCUGCUCUUUCUUCAAGGGAGGAUGAUGCAACACUGGACUACGAUCUGUUUAAAUCAGCUGGAUGGGUUUUAAGUGUAUUUUCAUCUUCUAGUCUUUUGGACGUACCUCAAUUCAAGCUUAAUUUCCAAAAUAACCUCACCAUGUCUUCAUACGCGCAUCAAAGAACAUCCUUAGUUAUUAAAAUUAUAGCAAAUCUGCACUGCUUCGCUCCGGAAGUCUGCAUAGAAGAGGAUAGGAACCGUUUCAUUAAGGACUUUGUCAGUGGAUUGCGAAAGGAUCCUUUAAGCAUGACGAUUCAGUUACCAAACUCUUCAUAUACUCCGGUGGCACAAAGAGCCACUAGUGUUUGUAGAAACAUAUGUUCUCUGUUGCGUCAUGCAGACUUCUUGAUCACUAAUGGCCUCGAUGUCAAAGAUUUAAUGAUGUUUAGGGUGUUCUGUAAACAGUUGCAACCUCUAAUCCGUUCGGAGUUUGAGGGAAGUCAAGCUACGGUGAAGCAGAGAAAAGAGCCGCUGAAUCUUAACAUUGAAAGAGCUUCAGAGGAACCUAAUGUACGAGUGGAAGGUGCGGCCACAAAGUAUAACGUGAACGAGAAUAUGGAAAUAGUUCCACGGUUGAAGGAGAGCGACGCAGAUGCGUGCAAUCUUGAAACCAGUAGUUUGGAUACAAGAUCUAAUAGAGGGAAGAGUUUAGUUGAAGAUGGAGAUGGAGAUGUAGAGCUGGCUCAUGAGCUGUUUAAAGGGAGUGGAUCUGGAGAGGUGAAAGAGGAUGAGAAACAGGGGAAGAAAAGGAAGCGUAGUAUUAUGAGUGAUGAUCAAGUGGAGUUGAUGGAGAAGGCCAUUGUUGAUGAACCUGAUAUGCGGCGAAGUGCAGCUUGGAUAAAGAAAUGGGCUGAGAAGUUAAAUCAAAAUGGUCCCAGGGUUACAGCUAUGCAGCUGAAGAACUGGCUGAGUAACAGAAGAGCCAAACUAGCUAGAGCAAUGUCAGGGAAAACAAGCAAGGGCAAGAAGUAAAUUAUGAGGUUUGGAGUUAUGAGAGUGGCUUGGGAUAUGAAGAAGCUUCUGUAUAUCAGACCCAGUUGCAUUGACUUUGAUUUUACUUUCUUUAAACUGUGUAGAGAUUCUCUUUUGGUUUAACUUUGAAAGAUUCUAUGCUUGAUGAGCAAUGUCUC